CGCACGCCUCUCUCAACGCUUCUAGUUAAACAUGUCCGCGCCCACACCUAAGAUGACUGUGUUGUAGCCGUUGUAGCCGACUUAUAUCAAACGUGAAUCGAGUAGCCACCGACAUGGCCCUUCUGCGUGUUGUGAUUGUGCACUGCUGUGUGCUGGCCGCUUGCGUGCUGGCACAGUUCAACUGGCACGUGCGGGACAACUUCGACGACAUUCGUAUGCGCAUCGACAAAGUACGCGGCGACAACUGUCGGGUGGUGGACGUGAACGAGCUCUUCUUGCCCAACGAAACUGUCACCCAUGUGCCCAACAUACAGAGGCUCAACAUCGACCCCGUCUUCCCCAACCGCACCAAUCUGUUGCACAUACACAACAUGGCUAUUUCCAGGGCCUUCUUCUUCAGCUUCAUUCUGCAGAAGGCAGCGGACAACGAUGAGCCGGGCUUCAUGUACUACUUCAUGUCAGUCAUCUCGGACGUGGCAGCCAACCGGUUCAUCAACAGCAGUGCUAUCUACUAUGCGCCCAACAUGUCAUUCACCCCCUCGUACAAGGGCUUCUUCAACAAGACCAUGCCCCUGUUUGCACCGAGGGCAUACAGGGCUGACGACUUCAACGACCCAUACCACCUGGAAGGCACAUCGACGUUGAACACAAUUGAUGCCGUCGACCUGGGAGCCAUUCCUGCAGACACCCCGAGCCGCAAUUAUUCGAGUGACCAGUACCGCAUUAACGAGUGGUAUCACCACUGGCUGCCCGACCCGACCAAGCGCCAGGACUCCAAGACAACGUACACCAUUCAAAUCACCCAUUUCAAUGGCACCAAUGAGACGUUUGUGUGGCACGGGCCUCCAGAUCCGUCGGACAAUCCGGGGCCUGUCAAGUGGUCGCGACCAUAUUUUGACUGUGAGCGAUCCAACAAGUGGGUGUACGGUGCCACCUCGCCCAUUCCUGACAUCUUUCCACGUCACACACAGUGGCGUCACAUUGAAAUCCCCAAGUAUGUGGCAGUGGCUGUGCUUGAGCUGGAUUUUGAGCGGCUGGACAUAAACCAGUGCCCCAUUGGGAGUGGCAACCCCCGACCCAACUACUUCGCUGGGACAUCCCGCUGCAAGAAUGACACCACUGAGUGUGAACCAGUGCACGGCUAUGGCUUCCGGCGGGGUGGCUACCAGUGUCGCUGUCGGCCUGGCUUCCGGCGUCCCCGGAUUGUGCGCAACCCGUACCAUGGCGAGCUCAUAGAGCGUGCCACGGAACACGACUACCGCACGGGCUUUCACUGCGAGAAGAUUGGCUACUUGAUGGUGCAGACGCAGAACUUGCUCCGCAUCGCGGAAGAGGACCGCAUUCGUUUCAUUGGCAUGCAGGCCAACCACAUGGCUAUCCUAAACAUCAGCAGUGGUGCCAAUAAAGAUCCACGCCUUGUCUUCACCCUCAUGAAGGCGGUGACAGCAUCCAACUGUGCCGAAAUCGGGCGGGAGAGGCCUGAGUUGCUGCGGCUGUCCGGUGAUGUGGCACACGGUCGGGACUGGCAUCUGGAGAAUGAGGCACGCUCGGCCGUCCGGCUGGCCAACUUCCUGUCUGGGUUCCUGCAAACUGUGGAUCCGAAAGAACUGUUUGCAGAGUUUCGAGUGCCCGACCGCUCACUCACGCAGGACCAGAUCAUCGGGGAAGCCAUGUCCCUGGUGGCCGGCAACCAGCGCAUUCUGGGCUGUGGUGUGUACUUUGACCGUAAGCAGUUUCCUGGCCGGCAUUUAUACGCACCUUACGCCUAUCGGCGUCAUCGCAAUGAGCGGCGCUUCUACGUUGACGACAUGGCACGCUUCCGUGGUGCAGCCUACCUGCAGGAAGGGUUUUUCGCCCAGCUUAAGACACGCUGGGCAGCCAACCUCGAUGACCUGGUCACAUACACCACCAAGAUCCGCAUCAGGUGACUGUGGCAAAAAAACGUUUUAUGCAUGAUCCCUGAA